GCGGAGCGGCUGGCUGUUCUCUGCGGGGGGACGGAGCUUUCUCAGGCGGGAUGGAUCUGUCGCUACCCGGCGGCACUUCCUCUGAUCACCGGCCGGCAGGUGUUUGUUUGUCCGGACCUCCGGUAAAGAUGUCCGUCUCCGGGAUGAAGAAGCAGCUUCACAAAGCCAGCCAGCUGCUGAAUGAGAGGCUGAUGGGAGCUGAAGGAACGAAGAUGGACGAGGACUUCCUGAAGAUGGAGAAGAGUGUUUUAGUGAUCAACUCUCUGCUGCUCGAGCUGAUCUCCAGAACCACCGAGGUCCUCCAACCAAACCCAGCGUACAGAGCCAAACUGAGCAUGCUCAACACCAUGUCCAGGAUCCGAGGACAGGGAAGGUCGGUGGGUUACCCGCAGACAGAGGGCAUGCUGGGAGAUUGUAUGUGUCAAUAUGGAUGCGAGCUCGGAGCGGCGUCUGAAUUCGGUGGCGCUCUCUCCGGUGUGGGUGAAUCUCUGCAACAGGUGGCUCAGGCCCGGGACGCCCUGGACGUCAACGUCAAACACAGCUUCAUCGACCCGCUGCAGGAUCUCCAGGACACCGAGCUGAAAGAGAUCAGGUUCCAUCUGAAGAAGCUGAACGGUCGCCGGCUCGAUUUCGACUACAAGAGGAGACGGAGGGGGAAAGUCCCGGCGGAGGAAGUGCGACAGGCCUGGGACAAGUUCAGCUCGUCUAAAGAGCAGGCAGAGAGGAGCAUGUUCGUCCUGCUGCAGAGCGACGUGGAUCAGCUCCGUCCUCUGGCCGCUCUGGUCUCUGAACUGUUGGACUUUCACCGUAACGCCCAACGUAUCAUGCUCAGUCUCCACGGCAACCUGCAGGCGAGGUUGACGGCGGCCUCGAACAGACCCGAGCGAAGGUUCAGACCCAAAAAGAUCCGGAUCAGAAGUGAACACAACGGCGGCCUCGGCCUCGGGUUCUACCAACAGCCGUCGCUCCCCUCCCCAGUUUCCUCAGCAGAGGAGUUCACAGAGUUACCGUCCAGACCGGGAAGCCCCAUCUCCUGCUACGCUGACAGUAGGACGGUCCUGGAUCAGCCCUGUUGCCGGGCGAUGUACUCGUUCCACCCGAACCAGGAGGGCGAGCUGGACUUCAAUGAGGGCGACAUCAUCAUCCUCACUAACCGCGUCGACGCCAACUGGUACGAGGGUGCGCUCGGCAGCAAGUCGGGGCUGUUCCCCGUCAGCUACGUGGACGUGCUGGUGCCUCUACCGUUACCAUGACAACACACACACACACACACACACACACACACACACACACACACACACACAGAGCAGGACGAUAUGCAACUCCUCGGCUCCUUAUUUGCACUUUUCACUCACAUGUAAGCGAGCGACCGCCGCGUAACGUUCCACAGGAAAGGAAGGCCAUAGCUUCUACUGAAGAGCACUUUACUUUCUGAUCUCAUCACCCAAUCACCAGCCGCCGCUAACGAGGGCUUGGCCAGUGACGGGACAUUUUUAUAGAGCAGUGUGUUCCCCUUUAAGACUUUGGACCCUCCCUCUCUCUGCACAGACCUGCUCCCCUCACCCCGCUGCACAUCUCUACUUCACACACACACACACACACACACACACACACACACACACUAAUGUACACACAUAAAUGUACACACACGAAUGUACACUCAUCCUGACGUCAGCUGUUAAAUUUGUGGUUAGUGAGCUUUGUUACCUUAAAAAAAAAAUCAACAUGUGAACACGAGAGAGGAGACGAGGAUUUAUUGAAGACGAGAGCAUCGUGAUUGAAGAUGAUUUUUAAGUGAGAAUAAUUUAAAUCAGGAGUUAAACGUUUUUGAUAUCUCGUCUAACGAGCUGCAUUACACUCUGACGAGAUCAUCGACCUGCUCUCGUGUGUCAACAGGACGUAACUCUGCAUGCAGCGAUAAUAUCUACGGCAGCCUCGAGCAGCCAUGUUGGUUUUUUUUAUCAAUCUUUACCUCAAGCUCACAGCUUCUUUCUUUUUCUUCUUCUUCUUCUUCUUAUUAUUUUUAAAGCUAUAAUGGAUCAUUUUUACGGGGAUUUCUCCUGCGACCAAAAAGUGCAUUUCUUCAGAUAAUGAGGUCAUCUUUAGGAAUAACAUAACGUUGUUUUUCUCGAGUUCAUUAUGACCCUAGAAAUCAGCGUUGGGCUCAUUCUUUAAUCAGUCUACGCCCCCCGGCUCUCCUGAUAUUUUUUAAUUAGAUUAUUUAUCAGACGAAACAUGACACAAGGUUUCUUCUUAUGUAAAAUACAAACUCCAUGAUGUCAUGCAUUCAGGUUUCUAGCUGAUUUACGACCCCUGACCCUGCUCAGCUUUUUGGAUUAAAACAGAAGCAUUAGACUUUAAUAAAUGAAUAAACAGUGAAA